UUCUCACUUUCUCGUACAAGUUCGCGUGUCGACAAAAUCAACCCCGACCAAUCGCUUAAGAAAGUUGAUCACUUUUGUCGGAAUUUCGUCAGUGGAUGAAUCAAAAUGACUAAAGAUCACAACUUUUCCGCGGAUCAAGACACCCAGCCGAUUGAUUCUCUUCCCUCUUCGCCUUCCGACUCUGGUGACGAGAAAGAUAGUUGGAUUGGGAAUCGUGGCGAUGAGCCUUUUCAGGACGAUGCUUGGAUCAAUGAUGAGUAUAUGGAGACUCAGGUCAUAAUAGACAACGACGAUGAGUUUCUUCUCUGUCGGGAAACCCAAGCUGUGGAUUUGGGGUUUGGAACUCAAGAAGAACCGUUUGUAGAUGAUGAUCAGUUACUCCAAGGUUUUGAUGGCUUGGCUACGCAGGUGCUUGAUCGUUCUGAUGAUGAUGUUACUGUUUACUUGGUGGACAACAGCGAGGUCUCUGACUGUGGUGGUGACUCGAACAUUGGAGUUGGAGGAGGAGGAAAUCUGUUAACGAGUGAAGAUAAGAGUAGUGGAGAGCAUGCUGAUGAGAACAUGAAACCAAUGGGUGCUCUUGAUUCUCUGUCGAGUGGACAUGAAAACGUUAAGCCAACCGGAAAGGUGACUAGGUUCGCAUCAGUUCGUUCAGCAGCUUUUCGUGCUUCUGCUGUUGCAGCCCAGACGAUUCUCAAUGGUGACACUUCUACUUUAGCUUCUUCUUCUUCUGGUCAAGGAGCCACAAAUAGUUCCCUUUUACAACAAAACUUUGGAGAUGUAGGGAAUCAGAAGUCUGUUGAAAAGAAAAUUGAAGGAAAAAGAACAGCGAGGAAGCUUUUAUUUGAAGAUGAUUCCCCUGAAGAAAACUACCCUUCUCCUGCUGGUUUGAGUUAUAUAGACUCUCAAGAGCCUGGCGAGGCAUCACAGGCCAGUGCUCUUAAAUUCGUUGAUAAACUCAUUAGCGAGUCAGGUCUAAACUUUGAUGUUGAAACUGAAGCUGAAGCUGGUUAUGGAAGGAGAACACAAGUAACACUAAACAAAAUCCCGAGUGUUAAAGGUCCACAAGAAUUAGCAAAGAAAGCAAGUUUCAAAGCUAGAGCUGUUGGAAACUGUAUGUUCGACUGGGAUGAUAAUCGUGAGGAUGAAGGUGGGGGUGAUAUUUUCCUUAGAAGAAAAGAAGAACUUUUGGGGUUUGCUAGUAAACCUUCUUCCUUGCCUAGACAACUGUUACAUGAAAGUCAUAGAAGACUUGAAGUUUCAAUGGAUAAAAGAAAGGUUCAUUCUGAUUCCAGACUGUUGCAGUCUAGUGUGACUAGGAGCCAAAAGAUGAACCAAGCCGCUAAAAAGAAUCUUGGCAAAGAGUUAGAUGCAGUUUACGUGGAAGGUAAUAAUAAAACAUCUGAUAUGCGUGAUUUGGUGGCUUUAGGGUAUGAUACAAAAGUGGCUGCUGAAGCUGUUGAUGCUGUGUGCUCUGGCAAAGUUAAUGGUGCGGCUAGUUAUCUUACAGGAAAUAAACUGUCGUCACCAGGAGAAGAUAGAGGAGUCGUUACUAGACAAUCCAGGGGAACUAAGAGGAUUCAGGCUAUGGGUAAAGAGGAAUUGUUGAGAAGAAGGAUGAAUAAGGCUAGUCCUAGUCCUGCUAAAGCUUACAGGAAGAGUACUGAAAGGUCUUCAAAGAGUGACCAGCUUGAUAAGAAAGCUCCAUGCUGUUUGAAGAGCAGGAAGGUUCAUACUCCUUCACGAGAGACCAAAAAGAAUCUUGUUGAUGAGUUGGAUGAAGUUUCCAAGGAAAGUAAUACAAGAAUGUUUGAUAGGCGUGAAGAGGUAGAAGCAGGCCCUGAUACGCAGAUGGCUGCUGAAGUGAUCAGUGCUCUGCACUCUGGAGACGCCAGGGAUGAGGGUAAGAAAUCUUCACGUGGAGUUGUUACCAGGAAAUCCAAGAGACUUAAGGGGAUGCAAGCUGUAGAUGAUGGUGAUGUCGAAUCGUUGAAACCAAAAACCAAGAAGGCUAAAUCAGUUACUACUACAAAGGCUUGUGAGAAGAAUAUGGAUGAAGCUGUUGUGUCAAGUACAGAGGAAAGAGGCAGAGAAUUAUCAAACAAACGGUGUACGUCCAAGCUAGUCAAGCAAUCAAGUGGAGGUGAAGCAGAGGUGUUGAGUUAUCCCAAGCGGAGAAGGUCAGCUCGUAUUUCGCAAGAUCAGAUUACUGAGGCAGAGAGGAGUUCAGAACCUGCUUUUGAUACUCCAGCUAAGGCUAAGGAGCCUUCAAAGAAUGUAUCGCCUAUAUGCAUGGGCGAUGAGUAUCACAGACUUUCUUCACGUACAUCAAACUCUACAAGGGAGUUCCGUAGCUUGACCACACAAUCAGUGGAACCUAUUCUCGAGACAAAGAGUACAAGAAAACGAAGGGAGUUGGGUAGUGUACGUGUCUUGUUCAGCCAACAUCUUGAUGAAGAUGUGACCAAGCAUCUGAAGAAGAUUUUGGUGAAGUUUGAUAUCUCGGAAGCAUCCUCCAUGACGGAGGCAACACACUUUAUAGCGGAUAGUUUUAUGCGCACAAGGAACAUGCUGGAGGCAAUCGCUUCAGGGAAGCCAGUGGUGACAACACAGUGGCUUGAAAGCAUUGAUCAAGUGAAUAUUUAUGUUGACGAGGAUCCUUACAUACUCAGAGACUCGAAGAAGGAGAAGGAGUUUGGUUUCAACAUGGGGGUUUCUUUGGCUCGUGCACGACAGAAUCCCCUACUAAAGGGGAGAAGGGUCUUUAUAACCCCAAAUACAAAGCCUGGUUUGAACACAAUCACAACUUUGGUUAAGGCAGUUCAUGGACAGCCUGUGGAAAGAGUGGGAAGAUCUGUCCUAAGCGACGAUAGGGUCCCAGAGAAUCUUCUAGUUUUAUCAUGUGAAGAGGAUCGAGAUAUCAGCAUUCCAUUUCUAGAAAGAGGGGCUGAGGUGUAUAGCUCUGAGUUAGUGCUGAAUGGGAUAGUUACUCAGAAACUAGAGUACGAGAGGUACCGUCUCUUCACUGACCAUGUUAGGAGAACCAGGUCAACGAUAUGGAUCAGAGAUGGUAAAGGUAAGUUCCAACGCCGUUGAGGCUGAAGGAGGAAAUGUGACAAGACCAUAUCUUCACGGAAGCUCUGUUUUAGAUAUACUUUAUUAGAAAGUGGUUGUAUAUGUAGUAUGUUGUUGUCUCUGGCUUCAGCUCUUGUAAAUUAUAUACUCUGCUUGGAUUUGCUUAAACUUUUCUAAAGACUUAGAGAGAUAGAUUUUGAGUCA